AUGAAUAAAUAAUUCAUCAUAUUUGCAUUGUUGUUGACUUUAGCAACUAGUCAAACAUAUAGUAUAGCAUCAUGCACAUGUGCAUAAUUGUUAUCAGAAGCAGAUUGUUUAAAAAAUACUUAACUGGGAUGUUCUUGGGAUAGCACAAAGAAAGCAUGUGCAGUUUCAACUACUCCAGUCACUCCAACAGUGAGUUAUGCAGCAUAUUGUGAUACUUUUGCUGAAGCAGAUUGUCCAAAAGCUAAACCCUGUACAGAUUGUGGUAAUUAUGCUGCCUGUGCUUGGGUUAAUUAAUCAUGCACUUUCUUCACAGGAUGUACAGCCUUUGCAAAAACACUUGAUUCUGAUUGUUAAGCCAUUAGUAAUAGAUGUAUCACAGAUGGAACUCAUUGUGUUGAAAUUGAUGCUUGUAACACAUACAAGAAAUAACUACCCUGCGUAAAAAAUGCUGCAGGAAGCUUGUGCUAUUGGGAUACCACAAAUAAUACUUGUGUAGAUGCUAAUACUUGUGAAAGAUUACCAACAACAUUUGUUACAGAUAAGGAGUGCAGAGACCAAAUUUUAACUUGUACAACAAAGACUGGAGGUGGAUGUGUUGACAGUGGAAAUAACUGCAGCGAUUAAACAUUAGAAAUUUAAUGUGUUUGGAAUAAAUUAAGAUCUAUGGCAUGCCAUUGGGAUGGAGCAGCAUGUAAAGAUAAAAUUUGUGAUAAUGCACCAGUAACAUUAACAACUGAUGAAACUUGCAAAACCUUUAGAACUGAUGGAACAUGUACAACAAAAGCUAAUGGAGGAUGUGUAACUAGAACUACUUGUGCAGCCGCUACUAUCUAAGCUGCUUGUGUUAAGAAUAGUACAGGUGGGGAUUGUUAUUGGACUGGAACUGCAUGUGUUGAUAAGACAUGCACAAAUGCACCAACUACUAUGACAACUAAUACAGCUUGUGGUGGAUUUGUGACAGGAUGUAUCACUAAAUCAGGUGGAGGAUGUGUUACUAAUGGAGCAUGUUCAGCUGCAAAUAUCUAAGCAGCUUGUGCGAGAAAUGCUUUUGGAGUUGAGUGUAUUUGGGAUACUACAUGCAAAGAAAAGACCUGUUAAAAUGCACCAACUACCAAUAAUACUCAUGAGUUAUGUACAUCAUACUUAUCAGAUUGUACUGUUAAAAUAGGAGGUGGUUGCUAACCUAGAACUUGUGCAAAUGCUCCUACAACAAUAACAACUAAUGAUGCAUGUGAAGCUUAUUUACCAGGAAGAAAUUGCAUAACAAAGAAUGGAGGUGGAUGUGUAACUAACACUACAUGUUCAAAUAUUACUUCACCAGCAGCUUGCAUUAGGAAUGCUUUAGGAGCUACUUGUUUCUAUGAUGAAGCAAGUUCAAGCUGCAAAGAUAAAAUUUGUACAAAUGCCCCAUCAUCUAAUAUUACUCAUGAUUUAUGUGUUGCCUUUUUAUCAACUUGCACAGUAAAUUCAACUAAUUCAGGCUGUGUAGAAAAAACAUGCGAAAAUACGUUGGAAUAAGCUGUUUGUGAUAAAGAUUUGAAUAACAAAGUUUGUAUUUGGAAAGGAAAAUGUUAUAAAAAAGAAUGCGUGUUAGCUUCAUCAACCACAGCUACUCAUGCUGAUUGUUAGAUUUAUGAUUCAAGUUGUACUUUGAGUAAUACUGGUUCUGGAUGUGUUCCUCUUCCCCUUAAAUGUGAGGCUAUUACAAUUGAAUCUGCUUGUAAUAUUAGAUUAUUAGUUACAAAUGGAGUUAAGUCAUACCCACCCUGUGGUUGGAAUGGUUCAUAAUGUAUUGAUAAGGCUUGUUCUACUGCUCCUAGAACAUCAUCGACAACAACUGAAUGUGAUAAUUAUAAAUCAGGUUGUGUUGCUAAUAAUCCUGUUAAUGGAUCUAUUUCAGGAUGUUAAGAAUUACCAACAACUUGUGCGGCUAGAAGAUCAAUAGAAAAUUGUGAAAUCUCGAGAAAUAGUUUCCCAACAUGUUUAUGGAAUACAAAUACAUCUACAUGCGUUGAGAAAUCUUGUGCCACAGCUAGUCAAGCAGGAACAACAGGUGUAUUAACAACUGGAUAGUUUACAUUUUCUGGUUGCACAAAUUAUCUACCCAGUUGCAUUUCAAACAAUAAUAAUGAUGGAUGCAUCGCUAAACCUUCAAGUUGUUCAGGUUUAGUUUCUUAAAAUUGUAGAAAUGGAUCUAAAACUAAUGGAGAUUGUUAUUGGACUGGAUCUAGCUGUGUAGAUAAAACAUGCACAAAUAUUGCAUUAACUACUCACUCUGAUUGUUAAGGUGUAUUGACUUCAUGCACAGUGAAUAAUGGCAGAACAGGAUGUUAGAAUUUAGCUGCUACUUGUGCUUCUUAUGGUUCGGUUGAGAAUUGUAAAUUUACUUCUGCUCAAAAAACUUGUAUUUGGACUGGUACAGCCUGUAGAAAUGCAACUUGUUCUGAUGCAGAUACUUCUUUAUUGACAAAUGCAGAGUGUUAAGCUUAUCAAACUCCAAGCGAAACUUGCACAGUUAGUUCUAUAACUAGAAGAUAAAAAUGUGUUGUAUAAUUUGAAAAUUGUAGUGACUAUGAAUCAGAACUUUCAUGUCAUAGAACUUUAGGUUCAGACUACGAUGAUUGUGUUUGGAAACCAUCUUAUGGGUCGUGUAUUUCUAUGUCAACUAUUGGAUAAAAUUCCUGCGAAUUUUUUACAGGUACUAAAACUUAAUGCGAAGAAAUAAAACUAGGUUGUACAAAUACUGUAAAUGCUCUUGCAACAAGUAAUUGUAUAGCUUCUUGUUCGCUUUUAAAUGGAUUGACUGAGCCAAAUAAUACUCAUUAAAUAUGUUAAAGAAUUAGUAAUUCUUGCACUAUUAAUAGAGGUCGAACUGCAUGUAUUACAUUAUCAGCAACAUGUAAUUAUAGUACAUCUGAUGAGUGUUUAAUUAAAGUAGGUGGUGGAAAAUGCUUUUGGAAUGGUAGUACUUGUGCAGAUUUCACUCCAGCAAAUUGUGCUUCUUUUACAGGAUUAUCUGGUGCCACUCAUUCAACUUGUUAACAAUAUCACACUAGUUGCACUAUUAAUAGAGCUGGAAAUGCAUGUUAAGAAUCAUAAGCAAAUUGUAGCGCCUAUAAUGAAGAGGCAAAAUGCUCGACAAAUACAUCAGGUACAAGAUGUGGAUGGAAUGGAAGUGCUUGUGCAAAUUUCGAUGCCACACAUUGUGCUACUAUUACAGGAUUAAUAAAUGCAACUCAUUUAGAAUGUAAAGAUAUUCACACUAGUUGCACUACGAAUAAAGCUAGAAAUGGAUGUUAAUAAUCAUAAACAAGUUGUAGUGGCUAUACUGAAGAGGCAAAAUGCUCGUCGGCUGCCAAUGGUUAAAAGUGCUUUUGGAAUAGUACUCCUGCUUGUGUAGAUUUCGCUGCAGCAAAUUGUGCUACUAUUACAGGAUUAAUAAAUGCACAUAGUUCAGACUGCACAUAUUAUACCAUUAAUUGCACUAUUAAUAAAGCUAAAGAUGCAUGUUAAGAAUCAAGAGUAACUUGUGCUGAGUAUGAUUCAGACGCUAAAUGCUCGAUAGAUAGAUAGGGUGGAUAUUGCUUUUGGGAUGCUGGUGGUUCUGCUUGUGGAGAUUUCGCUGCAGCAAAUUGUCCUACUAUUACAGGAUUAAUAAAUGCAACUCAUUCACAUUGUAAAGUAUAUAACGCUGAUUGUAUUGCUAAUUAAGCAGGUACUGCAUGCGAAAGUUUUUAAGGAUGUUCAAACCGUACAGGUUAAAAUCUAACUUGGGAUAUUUGUUAACAAUAUCAUACAAGCUGUAGUGUAAAUAGAAGUAGAACAGCUUGUGUAUCAAAACAAUCGACAUGUUCUGGAUACACAACAAUGAGUGAAUGUUAUAAAUCAAGUGAAGCACUUUGCACUGCUAAUAGUUCUGAUAACUCAUGCAGUAACAUAACACCUAUCACAACAUGCAAUUAAUUAUAUUUGGGAUCUGGAAAUUACUCUGAUGAAAAAUGUAACGAAUUUAUAUCUGGUUGUAUAGCAUUAGGUACAACAGGAUGUUAAUCCAAAACAUGUGCUAAUAAAACCGCACCAUUCAGUCAUACAGAUUGUUAUGAAUGGUUGGAUACUUGUACUGCAAAUUCUGUUACUUCACCAACUGCAUGUGUAACUAUGCAAGAUACAUGCGCUGAAUAUUCGACUUAAGCUACCUGCGUUUGGGCAUUAGAAGGUGAAUGUGUUUUUAGAGGAACAUCUUGUGUCAGAAAAACCUGUGAUACAGCACCUGUCAGUUCUAGUUAUGACACUCAUUAGGAAUGCAUUGGGUAUUUAUCUGAGUGUACUUUUGCAAUAAUUGAAACAUAAGGAGGUUGCUAAGCGAGAGCUGCAUGUUCCACAUAUCAAUCAAGUGAGUAAUGUAAAUUCAAUUCAAGUAAUUCAAGGUGUUUCUGGAAUCCAACCAGAAUGACUUGUGUUGAUUUUAGUUGUGGUAAUAUUGAGGCCACAUCUUCAUAUGAUAAUCAUGCUAAAUGUGCAGCAGUUGAUUCAACAUGCACAGUUAGAGCUACGAAUGGAUCUGCUGCCCAAGGUUGUAUGGCUAGAGGAGCUUGCAGUUCUUACUAAAUAGAGGAUUAAUGUCGAACAAAUGCAAGCGGUGGUGUUUGUGUUUGGAAUACAAAUUCUGCCUAAGCAGUAUGUUAAGAUAAAUCAUGCACUACUGCUCCAACUUCAACAGCAACCCACAAUGAUUGUAAUGAAUAUUUCUCUACCGCUACUAUUAAAUGCACAGUAGUUGCCACAGCUGAUGCAAAUAGCGGUGUACUAAGUCUCGGAGGUUGUUAAUAAACAGCAGCUUGCAAUACUUAUGUACAUGAAGAGUAAUGCAAGUACAAUGCUAAUAGAGAAGCUUGUGGAUGGAAUGGUAGUUAAUGUGCAGAUAAGUCAUGUGCUACUGCACCUGCAACUGAUUUGUAUGAUGAUAACGAUGAAUGUAGAGCUUAUUUCAAUAAUAAAUGUACAGUGACAGCCGCAGAGUCAGGAUUAGGAUGUGUUGAUAUACCAGAUACAUGUGAAACUAUGAUAGAAAAAUAAUGUUUUUCUGAUAAGUCUGGAAGAUUAUGUUAUUGGAAUGGAACAGGUUGUGUUACAAGAUCUUGUGAAAAUGCUCCAGAAGAAACAUCUACUCCAGAACAAUGUCAUGAUCAUUUGGCUGGAUGCACUCUAGAUUCAGUAAAAUGUAAGACAAAGAUUUGCGAAGAUUUUGCUUUCGCCACAGAUGCCCUAUGCAAAUAAGCAUUAAACACAUGUACUACAAAUGGAACAAAUUGUGUAACCAGAGGAUCUUGCUUCUAAGCUUAAAGCUAAGCUGGUUGUGUUACUUCAGCAACAAAUCAACAAUGUGAAUGGAUGCCAGCUGUAGGAAAUAAUUAAGCCUAUUGUACAUUAAAAACAUGUAAUACUGCUCCAGUUGCUUUAACUACUGAAGCAGCUUGUGCAGCUUAUUUCACUAAUUGUACUACAAAGAAUGGUGGUGGAUGUGUUACUAAAUCUACUUGUUCAGCCGUUACUAUUGAUGCCGCUUGUACAACUGCUCUUAAUGGAACCGUUUGUGCUUGGGAUAGUGCAUAAAAUAAAUGCAGAGAUAAGGAUUGCUAAGAUUUCAGUGGAACUACUCAUGCUGCUUGCUAAGGCUAAAGACCUGGAUGUACUGCUGGAGCCAAUGGUAAAUGUGCCAGAGUUUAAAAUUGUGAACAAACUACAAUUAGAAGUGCUUGCAUUGAAGGAACAAAUGGCCCAUGUUUGUGGAUCAAUGAUUUCAUUCAUCCUGAUGGAUCUAGAGGAGCUUGCUUCAGAUAUACAAAUUGUAGAAGCUUAUCUUGGAAUUCUGAUAUAUAAUGUAAAUGGAUAAGUAAUUAAUGCACAACAAAUGGAUCAAAUUGUAUUGGUAUUACUUUAUGUUCUGAAACCAACACUGUUGGUGGAUGUGUAACAGGAUAUGAUGGAGCUUGUAUUCAAUCAGUACCAGCCUUGAAUUCUUCCGAUCCAAAGGUUUGUAAACCAUAUACAUCUUGUGCUGAUGCUUUCUACACAACUCAUUAAGAUUGUUAAUUUGCUAGUAAUAAGUGUACAACUAAUGGAACAACUAGUUGUAUUGCAUUAGGAGCUUGCUCAUCUUAUACUUCAUUAGCAGGAUGUUAUAUUAAUGAUAAAGGACCUGUUUAUUCAUCUGGAGCCAUUACUUCAACCGGUAUUUGUAUAUGGGAUGCAACAGCUAAUAAUUGCAGAGAUUAAUCAUGUACUGAUUUGACUGGUACAACACAUGCAACAUGUUCUUCUCAAUUAUCAACAUGUACAUCAGAUGGAACAACUUGUUUACUCAAAGGAACAUGUUCAUCAUACACGACUUAAACUGCUUGUACAGCUGCUGUUGGAUCCGAUGGUGUUUGCUAUUGGGAACUUGCCUCAGCUACAAAUAAUAACACUGCUAAAUGUAGAUUGUUAACUUGCGCUGAUAUUCAAAAUGGCACAGCAACAAAUGUUUGUUCAGUAGCAUUGUCAUCAUGCGUUUCAAAUGGAACUGUUUGUAUUUCUAAAGCUAAUUGCUCAACUUAUACUACAAAGACAGCAUGUAAUUCAGGAGGUUUAGAUGGUAUUUGUGUUUUCACUUAAUCAACUGCUACAGGAGCUGCUGUUGGUACAGGAACAUGUUAAUUAAUGACAGCAUGCACCACUGCAAAUAAUGAUUAAGUUGCUUGUUAAACUGCCAGAGAUAGAUGUUCAUGGACUUCAGCAUCUGGUACUGGAGCAACUGCUGUCCCAAGUAAAUGUGCCACUCAUACUUGUGCAACUAAUUAAGCUGCUAACGGAGCUUGUACAAGAUUCUUGAAUUGGGAUAAAAAGACAUAAUAAAUUUGUACUUUGGUUAGUGGAGCAUGCACAGCCACAGACCCAUCAACUUUAUCAUCAAAUGAUUGCUUCUUGGUUUCUGGAUAUACAUAUACUUGGAAUGCAUCUACAAGCAAAUGUGGAGUUUGCACUGCAGUGGUUAUUUAACCAAAUAAUACAAAUAAUACAAAUAACAAUAAUACAAAUAAUUAGACAACAACUGACUCAGGAUACAUUCUUGGAUUAUCAACAGUUAUUUUGGGUUAUCUUAUAUUCUGAUCUGAAUGAUUUUUACAUUUAUAUAGG